UUAGGUGCAAGCAUUUACCAUAAAUGAAGAUUUCAGAUUUCAAAUUCACUGGAACGCAUGCUGAGCCCGAUGACUUUUUAGAAUUGCAUAAUUGCACACACAGUCAUUGGAUUGGAAAGCAAGCUGCCAGAUUCGCAUGCUGCCCGGUUGAGUACAGCAGUGCAAAACAUUACUUAUAUAUAUAUAUAUAAUUCCCAACUUCAGAUUCCUCUCAUGGCUUCUCAUCUUGGUCAGAUAAGUGCAACUCUUCCAAUCCAUUUUUUCAAGAUUAUUCUUGAAACUAAUAUUGAAAGGAUAAAAGUACCUAGUAAGUUUACAAGGAAACAUGGGAGUUUUCUGCCAAAUCCAGUGUCUCUUAGGCCUCCAGAUUCAAAGGAAUGGGUAGUAUAUUGGACACAAGAAAAUGGUGAGGUUUGGUUAGAUAAGGGUUGGAAAGAGUUUGUUGAAAAUUAUUCCUUGAGUUAUGGAUAUUUUGUGAUGUUCAAAUUCAAAGGAACAUCCCAAAUUGAUGUAACCAUACUUGAUCCAAGUGCUGUAGAAUUAGAUUAUUUUUCUUCUGGUAAGGAAUCAGUUAACACCAUGAAUGUAACUCAGAUGGAGCAAGAGCCCAGACCAAUGUCAUCAAUGGUCCCUUCUCAACCUUGUGGAAAAACCCAGAAUGUGGAAAGAGACGCCAAUGUGCAGCAACAAGUGUAUGCAGAUAAGGGUGGUCCUUCUCAUCAAGGGACAAAUGUUCAAAAAAUAAUCAAGCAGCAACCAAACUGUAUGUUAUUCAUGAAAAUAUAUCUACUGCGCAUAACAUGGGUGAAGUCUACUCUAAGUGGAAAAUGUCUGAAUAAGCCAAGGUCACUAAAAGCUCAGAAAAUAACCAAGAAUUUUAAAUCAAAAUAUCCUUACUUCACAUCUUUGAUAGUGCAGGCUAAGUUGGAAGAGAAUGCUACGAAGCACGUGCCCAAGUUUUUGAAUUGUAUGAGGGGCCAGAAGGAUGUGAUGUUGCAGAUGGAGAAUAGGGAGUGGUGGGUGAAGUUAAUCUGUUGUCGUGAAAAAUAUGAUGUUUUCUCUUCUGGUUGGUCUAAGUUUGCAAAAGAGAGUAAUUUGGAAGUGGAUGACGUUUGUAUCUUUGAGUUGAUUGAUCCUGCAAUUCCGAUGCUUCGAGUUCAUGUUGUCAAAAGCUAGCUAUGUCCAUUUACCUUAUGUUCUUGUAACUCUUUUAAUUUCUGAAUUUCUGUCAUUUCAGGUUAAUCAUGCAAUGCUUCUGAGGAAUUUGAAUGAAAAUUUUAUGUUAAGUGAUUCUCUUA